AUGUCUUCCGGUUCUGGCAGUGUCCGUCGCCAGGCCUCAGCUGUCGCCGGACCCAAACCGCCUUGCUCAAUUCAUCCGUCUGCCAUAAUUUCCGACAAGGCUGUGAUUAUCGGCACACAUCCCGUUUCCAUUGGUGAGAAUGUGGUGCUUCACCCAUUUGCCAAAGUCACAUCCAACACGGGAGCUGUCCGUAUUGGAAAAAAUUGCGUCGUUGGAGAUCGUGCUACCGUGGGUUUGAGUGACAGCCCCGGAACCUUUGCUGGAACAACGGUCGAGCUCGAGGAAAGUGUGAGCGUCGAGAGCGGAUCAAUUGUGCAGGCCGAGAAGGUUGGAGCUGGCAGCACGAUAGAGGCCAACUCGACAUUGGGACCCGGUGUCGUUGUAGGGAAGUUCUGCAAGAUAACUGCAUCUUCAAGCAUUCAAUCAGAACACCUGCCUGAUUUUACCAUUAUCUACGGCGAAAAUGCUCGGCGCAUAGACACUACUACAAAAACUCGAUCGGAUGUCAGAGACCUCAAACUCAAAGGUCAAGCGAUGCAUAUCGAAACGCUGAAGCGACUGGUACCCAGUAACACUAUGAAGUGGCUGUCUUGA